CAUCACAACAGUGUGAGAGUGAACGCCUACCUCUCGUGAGCUGCGCGCUCGUGAAUUAUGCUCAAAACAAAAGCAGACGCAAAGCCCUUGGAAUUAAUCCAACAACACUAAUGCAAAGCAACAUUCCUCACAACGCAUCUCUCGCGCGUUCAGAUGAAGCUGUACGCCCGGCCAGACGCGUGUUUUUGUUCGGGUGCGAGUGUUUUCAGUGGGUAUGAGGUGGCAUAGCGCGGACACGGGGCUCUUUGUAAACGAAUAGAGAUGAACGCGGCUGGAACUAGACUGGCACACCGAGCGGACGGACGCAGACCGACACUGCGCAGUAAAUAUCAGCUGGGCUGUGUUCGGGCUGGUUCGGUUGGGCUGAGACGGAUGGUUUAGGCAGAAGAGGAGGAGGAGGAGGAGGAGGAAGCGCGCUGGAGCCGAACGGAGGCCCUCAGCUGCGCACAUCUGCUCUUCCGAGCAUCCCUGUAUGCUUUAUUUGAGCUUUCUCAAUUCAACAACACCUUUGUUUGACGGGAUCAUUUGUCCAGCAUUUACGUCACUGGCCUGUGUCCCAUUAACCAAACCCCAGUGUGGAAUCGAACCCUGUCUCAAUCCAUCUCCUGGACCUGAAGGCAAAGCGGAGAUCAGAUUCCUUACAUCACAAAUCCAGUUCUUAUUACCACAAAUGGACAGGAAAAAUCCACGCUGCAUCAAACGAAAGGAAGUGGUAAUGCCCAUAGCAGAUGAUUUGGAUAGAAACCGCUAUGAUACUGAGAAAUAUGUUAAAUUCAGUCCAUUUUCUUUUUUUUUUAACCAUCUGAGGCUCUAAAUAGGGACCUUUGAGAUUCCUGACUGGUAUCCGGCAGCCUUUGUUUUUCUUCUCUGGUUUGGAUGCUUAUUUGAUACCUCAACGGCGUAAACUCAAGCCUGUUGGGUACUUUAGAAGUGGGUUAUGUAAUCGCAUUUUUAGAUGCCAAACCCCAGAGAACUUGAAGAAGGGGCAAGAAACAUCAGCUAGUGCGUUGAGUGGGUUUGUCGGCCCAUUAAACCCAAACCUUCUGCAUGAUCUCCACCAUUCAUUAAUUAUGGACUUUUGAAAGAUCUGACUGGCAUUAAAUGCUCUUUGAGUUGAGAUUUGGAGGCCCAGCAAAUCCUCAAUCAUCUGGAUUGGAUGUGUUUAAGAUAUCUUAAGGUUGCAAACCCAAGAUUGUUAUGAGUUUUGGAAGUCAAAUUUAUAUAUUACUGCCGCUUCUAGAGAAUUUAAGUAAGAAGAGAACUUGCACCUUAUUGGUGCUUCUUGGUCCUAGCCCAAAUCUAACCUUGUUUCAAGGCCAUUUUCCACCUAGAAACUAACUCUGUAUGACCUCCACCAUUUCUCAAAGACUGAAAAUGAACUCUUGAGAGAUCUGACUGGCAUGUUCUUUGAGUUUUGGAGGCCCAGAAAACCCUCAAUCUUUUGGAUUAGAUGUGCUUAAAAUACCUGGAGGUCGAAAACCCAAGUUUGUGAUGAAUUUCUGAAGUUAAAUUCUGUGUUUUUGCAUCAUAUUAGAUGCCACCACCACUUCCAGAGAACUUAAGGAAGGAGAAAGCUUCCACCAACUAGGGCUUGUUGGCACGUCUUGAGCCCAAACCCAAUCCCACCCCCUUUCCCCCCUUUUUUGGCCAUUUGGCUCCUAUUUCUUACCUCCAUCUCAUCCCAACCUCCACCAUUCGCCCCUCGCUGGCCACGGCAGUCCUCCCUCCCCGUUCCCGCCCCCACCAUCCCCCUCCCCAUCACCCAACCUCCUCCCCUCACCACACUCCCCAUCACCCAACCUCUUCCCCACACCACACUCCCCACCCCUCCACCCAAGUCACCAUGGCAACCGGCACUACCACCACCGCCCGUGAACAUCUCCUAGUGGUGCGGAGGCGCACCCCUCACAUGCGCUACACGCUGAGCCCGGAAAACCUCCGCAGCCUUUCGUCGCAUGGUGGCUCUGCCAAUGGGGCGAGCUCUAGAGGAGCAGCACCUGAACCGAUGGGCCUGCAGCGGGCCAACAGUGACACCGACCUGGUGACGUCGGAUAGUCGUUCCUCUUUAGCAGCCUCUACGUACCAGUUCACACUUGGGCGAGGGCAAAACCUGGUCAUCUCUUGGGACAUCAAGGAGGAGGUGGAUGCCACGGAUUGGAUUGGGCUGUACCAAAUUGAUGAGACGUGUCCUGCCAACGUUUGGGAUUCGAAGAACCGCGGGGUCAACGGCACUCAGAGGGGGCAGAUCGUCUGGAGGCUUGAGGCCGGACCUUACUUCAUGGAGCCGGAGACCAAAAUCUGUUUCAAAUAUUACCAUGGAGUGAGUGGAGCGUUGAGGGCCACAACGUCCUGCAUCACUGUCAAGAACCCUGGGGUUACUGUCGGGACAGAGGGGCAGGUGGAUGGACAGUCUGUCACAGAACACUGUAGGAAAUUGGUCAGCUUUACUCUAUCAGAUAUCAGGGCUCAGGGUCUGAAGAAGGGCAUGUUUUUUAAUCCGGACCCCUAUCUGAAGAUGAGUAUCCAACCAGGCAAAAGACACGGCUUCCCUACAUUCACCCACCACGGCCAAGAGAGACGAACCUCCAUCAUAUCCAACACCACUAACCCUGUGUGGCACGGAGAGAAGUACACUUUUGUUGCACUGAUGACGGACGUUUUGGAAAUCGAGGUCAAGGACAAAUUUGCAAAAAGUCGCCCGAUCAUCAAACGCUUUUUAGGUCAGCUGACGAUGCCGGUGCAGAGACUGCUGGAGAGACAUACAGCGGGUGAUCUACAUGUGAGCUACACGCUUUGCCGGCGUCUACCGACGGACCAUGUGAGCGGACAGCUUCACUUCAGGGUGGAGAUCACCUCCAACGGACAUGAAGAUGCAAUGGGCUCUCUGCUGGGAGCCUCCUCUAUGAACGGAGAUCCUGGGAGCCCGUCAGACGACGAGGACGUUUUGCAUCCUUCCUCCCGCGCGGCCAGGGGCCCCUCGCCCACUGGCUCCGAAGGGUCCCUGCAUGGUGACGCCUUUAGGACUGACGAGUGCAUGAUGGACCCUGAUGAGGAUCUGCUCUUGAGAGAAGGAGCCCCGGAUUUGGCCGAAGUAACCCCGGGCCAUACUCAUCGCCAGACCUCGCUUAACGACUACCUGGAUACCAUUGAGGCCCCGAAGGGCCCCGGAGACAGACCGCUUGGGGCCGCCUCACCCAAACUACGCUCUAGUUUCCCCACUGACACGCGGCUCAAUGCUAUGUUACAUAUAGACUCUGACGAAGACGAGGAGGGACACGCCUCCCGGGAUACGGCAUUGACCAAUGGCGCUCCCCGUCCUGAUGGACACACCUCCUCUGCACAGGACAAAGGGAAGGGUCCCGUGAAAGCCAGGGAGAGGCUUGAGUCGGAAGCUGCCAGCAGCGCCACAGAUACUGAAGCCACAGCGUCAGGGUCAAGCAGUGGCACCAUAAAGAGCCAAAAUGGAGGUGCUGAUGGUGGCCAAGAAGGAACCGCUGCCUCUGGAGACUCAACACAGCCAGCUUUCAAAAUACAGGAUGAAGAAGGAGUUGCAUUGAAGGCGGUCUCUAGGGAUGAAGGAUCCACAGAGGCUGCUCCAGUCACAGAGCCCUCAGCAUCUGGCAGUAAUGAAGCUGGUGAAGGGGGCGGAGGCACAGCAGAGCAGGGCAACUCCAGUGAGGCAGCCAAUGAGGAGGAAGAAGAUGCUGAAAUCUGGCAGAGGAGGCAGAGUCUGCAAGCAUCAGGGAACGCAUCACAGGCUGAAGGGAUGGAAUUAACCAAUGAAGCGAGGAGGCCAGCUGAUGCAGAACAGGCUGCCACGGUAACAGAUGGAGAGACAGGAGCCAGUGCUCAAGUGAACGGCCUUCAGCCAAUGCGUUCUCUUCACUCAGCACGUCAGGACAUCAGCCGCUAUCAGAGAGUGGACGAGCCUCUUCCACCAAACUGGGAAGCCCGUAUUGACAGCCACGGCAGGAUUUUCUAUGUGGAUCAUGUGAACAGAACCACCACCUGGCAGCGGCCCACUGCUCCAGCUGCACCUCAGAUCCUACAGAGAUCCAACUCCAUUCAACAGAUGGAGCAGCUUAACCGAAGGUAUCAGAGUAUUCGUAGGACAAUAACCAAUGAGAGGACAGACGAACAGGCUGCAGAGAUGCCUUCAGACGACACUGAUCUUCUGCAUCACUCCAUACCUGAGUACCGUCGGGACGGUGUGGUCGGGCCCACUAGCUCUCGCUCCCGGUUGUCUCUGCUGCUUCAGUCCCCCAGCGCCAAGUUUCUCACCAGCCCAGAUUUCUUCACCGUACUGCAUUCCAACCCUAGUGCCUACCGCAUGUUUACAAGUAACACAUGUCUAAAACACAUGAUCAGCAAAGUGCGACGGGACACGCACCACUUUGAGCGCUACCAGCACAAUCGAGACCUGGUUGCCUUCCUCAACAUGUUCGCCAACAAACAGCUGGAUCUUCCGCGAGGCUGGGAAAUGAAACACGACCACACGGGAAAGCCUUUCUUCGUGGACCAUAACUGCAGGGCCACCACCUUCAUAGACCCACGCCUGCCCCUGCAGAGCGCUCGUCCCAGCAUCCUCCUGGCCCACCGCCAGCACCUCAGCCGCCAGCGCAGCCACAGCGCAGGGGAGGUGGGCGAUGACCCACGGCAUGCUGGACCCGCUGUACUGCCACGCCCCCCCAACACCUUUUCAGCCAAUCGCAACCAGUGUCCAGAUGUCGUUCCUGUCGCCUACAAUGAUAAAAUAGUGGCAUUUUUGCGGCAGCCGAACGUAUAUGAGAUCCUUCAGGAGAGGCAGCCUGAGCUCAUUAGGAAUCACUCACUCAGGGAGAAGGUGCAGUUUAUUCGCAAUGAGGGAGCUUCGGGUUUAGCGCGCCUCUCCAGCGAUGCAGACUUGGUGAUUUUACUCAGCUUGUUUGAAGAGGAAGUGAUGUCGUAUGUGCCACCUCAUGCCUUACUGCACCCCAGCUACUGUCAAUCACCUCGAGGGUCUCCGGUCUCCUCCCCUCAGAACUCUCCUGGUACACAACGAGCCAACGCUCGGGCCCCUGCGCCGUACAAACGGGACUUUGAAGCCAAACUUCGGAAUUUCUAUCGCAAAUUGGAGACUAAAGGCUACGGACAGGGUCCAGGCAAAGUCAAGUUGAUAAUCCGCAGAGAUCAUCUACUGGAGGACGCCUUCAAUCAGAUCAUGUGUUACUCCCGCAAAGAUCUACAGAGAAGUAAACUUUACGUCAGCUUCGUUGGAGAAGAGGGACUGGACUACAGUGGCCCAUCACGAGAGUUUUUCUUUCUGGUGUCACGGGAGCUUUUUAACCCAUACUAUGGCCUGUUUGAGUAUUCAGCCAAUGACACCUACACCGUCCAGAUCAGCCCCAUGUCUGCCUUCGUCGACAACCAUCAUGAGUGGUUUCGGUUUAGUGGGCGUAUUCUGGGUCUCGCUCUUAUCCAUCAAUACCUGCUGGAUGCCUUCUUCACGCGACCCUUCUACAAAGGCCUACUGCGAAUUCCGUGUGAUCUGAGUGAUCUGGAGUAUCUUGAUGAGGAGUUUCAUCAGAGUCUUCAGUGGAUGAAGGACAAUGACAUAGAGGACAUGCUGGACCUGACCUUCACCGUCAACGAGGAGGUGUUCGGACAGAUCACAGAGCGUGAGCUGAAGACUGGUGGUGCCAAUAUCCCUGUGUCAGAGAAGAAUAAGAAGGAGUACAUCGAGCGCAUGGUGAAGUGGCGUAUAGAGCGUGGUGUCGUCCAACAGACGGAGAGUCUCGUGCGAGGAUUUUAUGAGGUUGUGGAUGCGCGGCUGGUGUCGGUGUUCGACGCGCGCGAGCUGGAGCUGGUGAUCGCAGGAACUGCAGAGAUUGAUCUGGGAGACUGGAGGAACAACACCGAGUACAGAGGAGGUUACCAUGACAACCACAUCGUGAUUCGCUGGUUCUGGGCGGCAGUGGAGCGAUUCAACAAUGAGCAGAGACUCAGACUGCUCCAGUUCGUGACCGGGACGUCCAGUAUCCCGUACGAAGGCUUUGCCUCCCUCAGGGGCAGCAACGGACCGCGACGCUUCUGUGUAGAGAAAUGGGGGAAAAUCACGUCUCUGCCCAGGGCUCACACAUGUUUCAAUCGUCUGGAUCUCCCCCCGUAUCCCUCCUUCUCCAUGCUGUACGAGAAGAUGCUGACGGCAGUGGAGGAGACCAGCACUUUCGGUUUGGAGUGAAUGUUGACCUUUGCACUUUGAGCUGAUCAAAUCCAUUUCCUCAACGCGUCUAGAACAGCAAAGGAAGAAACCAGAAGCACUUAGACGUAUAUUUUGUACACCGCAUCUCUUAAACAUACUUCCUCGGAAAUGAGCCGAACAGAAAACAAUCAAUCACGUGUUCUCUGAAUGUUUCUCAGACGCAAACGCGACUUUUUUCUUCUUCAUCUGUUGGCUCUGGAUGCAUUGAGGAGGACGUGACCAGACAAAACGCAAAGCUGAGUUACUUCCUAACGGAUUAAAAUGAAAACAAACCCAAAGGACUUUGAUAUUCUCACUCUUUUUAUCUGUAAAAAGACUUUCUACGAAGCAUCAAAAUGCAGCGUAAAUGAACAAAUAUUGUCGUGUGCUUUUUCAGACGUCUCAGAUCACGCACGACAGCGCCGCCUCGUAUAUUGAAUCGAAAUGUUUUUUUGUCAUAUUUAUACACGAGUCAGUCUCAUAUGUUUUCUGUCCAGAAUUUGGUUGUGCAUAUACUCUCACACGCGGCGUUUUUCAAAGGGCAUGUCACACUAAAGUGCACUAUCAGACGCACUACAUCGUCAUGAAUGUGAGCACUAUGUGCAAAUGAUAAAAAAUGAACAAUAGAAGAUGAUUUUAUGACCUUCUAGUCCAACUCUGGCCUUUCUGUUGUCCUCAGAUUUUGAAAGAGAGAGAAUGGUCACAUAUACCCACGAAAUAAGUCGACGUGAAAUUAAAACGGACCCUAUUUGCAUUGUGAUCCGUAUUUCCAUAUCCUCAUAUAGAGGACUUGAAUGUCUUUCUUAAAUGUUUUCCCCCCCUUUUUUUACUCUGUUCUCAAGUGUGACCGUGUUUUCUUGUAUGAUUUGAAGAUGGAUUAUCGAGCCCACAAAAAACCCAUAUCAAUACAUUCCAGACCUUUCCGUUCGCGUUAACUCAACCCAGCCUUUUAUGAAACACUGCCGUGGCUGAGGAACGCUGGAUUGUACUCUAGUUCUGAAUGUUUUGUAAUCUGAAUUUUGUGUGAGGAAUUAAUAUCGCUUCCAGGGAAAACUAAUGCCAUGAGGUCCAUCACAUUUUGGAAUGGCAACCCGAAGAAAAAUACAAGCAUAUCCUCUUUGUCGACUCUAUUUUGGCUGGCUAGGUCAUUAAUACAAACCAGAUAGACCUUUGUUCUUUGUAUUAAGGCUUUUGCAGUGCCGUGCUGAUAUUUGUGCUGAAUGUACCAAAGGUUUAGGGCUGCUGUAGACUGUCCCAACCACUCUUUUGUCCAUGUUUUAUUUGAUUUAAAAAAAAAAAAAGAUAAAAUGUAUUUAAAAUAA